GUGGGGAGAAUAGGAAGGCCGAGCAGUUAGAGCGAGGCCUGCUUUGGACCUGGAGCCCUGCCGAGCUGAAAGGACUCCCGGGGUUGAGUGGCCGCUGAGGGGCGCAAGGGCCCCUUGCUCUGCUCAGGUGCUCGUUGGUCGCCAGCGAGCUGGAUCGCUCGUGAGUUCGCCUGCGUGACACCUUGGGAGCCUUACGAGCUCAGCACACCUGGAGUGCUGCAGCCUUGAAUCGGCCGUGGGCGGCGAGUGGAUGAUUGCCUUCCGUGCCGGAACUGAGGUUACCUCUCCUGGCCCAACUUUGCCUGCCAUUUCUGUUCAUCAAGGCUGUAAGCAGAGGACUGCAAAGCAGAGUUCUGAAGAAGCCUCCAAUAUGCCUCAGCAGUCUGGGAAAUGGCCCCCACUCUCAGGAUGAUAAGACACACCAGACUGUUGGCUUGCUGUGGAGGCAGGUGGUUCUCUCAGUCCUGGAAUCUCUGCUUCUCCCAGGCUGCUGAGGGCAUGAUGCCCCGGAACAUCCAGAAGGUUCUCUGUGUGGCUGAGAAAAAUGAUGCUGCCAGGGGGAUUGCGGACAUCCUUUCUAAUGGCAGGAUGAAGAGGAGAGAAGGGCUUUCCAAAUUCAACAAAAUAUAUGAAUGCCAGUAUCACAUGCUUGGUCAGAAUGUGACUGUGGUGAUGACAUCAGUGUCUGGACACUUGCUGACACAUGACUUCAAGUUGCCUUAUCGAAAAUGGCACAGCUGCAACCCGCUUGUCCUCUUUGAUGCUGCAAUUGAGAAAUACUGCCCUGAAAACUACAUAGACAUUAAGCGGACCCUCGAGCGAGAAGUACAGCAGUGCCAGGCACUAGUGAUCUGGACGGACUGUGACCGUGAAGGAGAGAACAUCGGCUUCGAAAUCAUUGAUGUUUGCAAGGCAGUAAAGCCAGGUCUCCAGGUGUUCCGAGCCCGCUUCUCCGAGAUCACACCUCGUGCCAUACAAGCCGCCUGUGAGAACCUCACCCAGCCCGAUCAGAAUGUGAGCGACGCCGUGGAUGUGAGGCAGGAAUUGGAUCUCAGGAUAGGUGCUGCCUUUACCCGAUUCCAGACGAUGAGACUGCAGAAAACCUUUCCCGAUGUUUUAGCAGAACAGCUGAUCAGCUACGGGAGCUGCCAGUUCCCAACGCUGGGGUUUGUGGUGGAAAGGUUUAAAGCCAUUCAGUCCUUUGUUCCGGAGACGUUCUACAAGAUUAAGGUGACCCACGACCACGAGGAAGGCUCCGUGGACUUCAAGUGGAAGAGGAACCGUCUCUUCAACCAUACAGCGUGCCUCGUUCUCUACCACAUGUGCAUGGAGGAUCCAGUAGCCACGGUUGUGGAAGUCGGGAGCAAGCCGAAGAGUAAAUGGAGGCCCCUGCCAUUGGACACGGUGGAACUUGAGAAGUUGGCCUCUCGUAAGCUGAAAAUAAAUGCCAAAGAAACCAUGAAGAUUGCUGAAAAGCUCUACACUCAGGGGUACAUAAGCUAUCCUCGAACAGAGACCAACAUCUUCCCCAAAGACUUAAACCUCCCUGGCUUGGUGCAGCUUCAGACACAAGACCCCCAGUGGGGGGCUUUUGCGCAAAGGAUUCUAGACCAGGGUGGGCCAACCCCACGGCAAGGAAAUAAAUCAGACCAGGCCCACCCCCCUAUUCAUCCUACAAAAUACGCAGGUAACUUGCAGGGGAAUGACCAGCGGCUGUACGAAUUCAUUGUUCGCCAUUUCCUGGCCUGCUGUUCCCAAGAUGCUAAGGGGCAGGAGACGACCGUGGAGGUUGACAUAGCGCACGAGCGCUUCGUCGCCAGUGGGCUGAUGAUCCUGGCCAGGAAUUACCUGGACGUGUAUCCUUACGAGAGGUGGAGUGACAAGGUCAUCCCCAUUUAUGAGAGAGGGUCUCGCUUCCAGCCCACCACCGUGGAGAUGGUUGAUGGGGAAACCAGCCCCCCGCAGCUGCUCACAGAAGCCGACCUCAUCUCCCUCAUGGAGAAGCACGGGAUCGGGACCGACGCCACCCACGCGGAGCACAUCGAGACCAUCAAGUCCCGCAUGUACGUGGGGCUCACUCCGGAGCAGAGGUUCCUUCCGGGGCACCUGGGCAUGGGGCUGGUGGAAGGCUACGAUUCCAUGGGCUACGAGAUGUCCAAGCCGGACCUUCGAGCCGAACUCGAGGGCGACCUGAAGCUCAUUUGCGAAGGGAAGAAGGACCGUUCCCUCGUGCUGCGCGAGCAGAUCCGGAAGUACCAGCAGGUCUUCAUGGCAGCCGUGCAGAAGGCCAAGAAGCUGGACGAGGCUCUCGCUCAGCACUUUGGGGAAGCGGCCCACGUCGCGCAGCAAGAAGAACUCUACCCCGCGGUGCCGGAUCCCAUAAGGAAAUGCCCCCAGUGCAACAGUGACAUGGUCUUGAAGACGAAGAAGAACGGAGGGUUCUACCUCAGCUGCCUGGGCUACCCCGCCUGCAGGACGGCCGUGUGGUUCCCCGAUUCUGUGCUGGAAGUCAGCAAGGACGGCUCCAUCUGCGACGUGUGCAAGCCGCAUCCGGUGCACAGGCUGAAGCUGAAGUUCAGGCGAGGCAGCCUCCCCGCCAUGAUGCCGCUGGAGUUCGUGGGCUGCAUCGGGGGCUGCGAGGAAACCCUGCGCCACAUCCUGGACCUGAAGUACCUGCAGGGGCCCCCGAGGCCUCUGCAGCCGGCCGGCCAGCCCAACACCCUCCCGCAGGCCAGCCCUGCCCGGCGCCGCCAGGCCAGCCCCCCGCGCAGCCGGCCCCCGCCCCCCGCUUGGCCGGCCAGCAGCGCCCCCACCGUCCCCCCCGACGCCGACAACGCGGUGGUGUGCAACUGUGGCGAGGAGGCCGCGCUGCUCACGGUCCGGAAGGAGGGCCCCAACAAGGGCAGGCAGUUCUUCAAGUGCGGCGCCGGCAGCUGCAGCUUCUUCCUGUGGGCCGACCAGGGCGCGGGGCCAUCCGGGGGCUCUGCCGCCCCCCCGGGCUCCUCGCACGGAGGGGAAAGGCGCGCUGGCCGCUCGUGGAGCCACGGCUCUGACCCAGGCGGCGGCGGCGGAGGAGGAGGAGGAGGAGGAGCCGGGCGGGGCGGCCCCGCGGGUGCCCUGUGCCGGUGCGAGCAGCCUGCGGUCACCAGGACCGUGCAGAAGGAGGGCCCCAACCGGGGGCGCCCGUUCCACACCUGCGCCAAGCCCCGGGAGCAGCAGUGCGGCUUCUUCCAGUGGGUGGACGAGAACACGGCGCCAGCAAGCCUCCCUUCCAGCCGCCUCUUCGGUGAAGGGGACCUGUGGGGAGCAGGAGCCAAAGCGAAAAGGUCGCACAGCGAUUCUUCCCUCAAGGCGCCCACCAGCAAGAGGCUGCAGACCUGUGGGGUUUGCCGCCAGCCUGGCCACACCAGGAGGACGUGUCCGCAGAAUCGCUGAAGCCGGCAGGAUUCCCACGGGGCCUGGAGGAGGAUGGCAGCGGUGGACUGCACGAGAUGCGGCGAGGACGGGAAGCCUCUUCCCAGCACGAGCCCCUUUGGGACUUGCACCCGGAGAAGAGAGCCAUAGAGCAGACACCCCAC